AUGGGAAUGUUAAGAGGAGGAGGAGGCGAAAGAGGGUACUCGUCACAGCCGAUGACCGAUCUGGAAGUGCAUUGGACUGCAGAUCAAGACGCUGUGGAGCUCCUGAUUGCAACAAAGCAACUUAUUCUGGCGAGAUUUCUGACAGAAACCUACAAGGUGGGCAAUUCCAACCAAUUGGUUGAGCUGGUGGAUGAAGGGACGAGGCGGACUGCUUCUAGACUUUGA